CCAUCUCUGCCUCCACUCCAACAAUGGAUGUCUUCUCGCCAUCACAGGUCUACUAUGACAGAGCGUGUGCCUCGUCCCCGGACAGCCUGGAGUUCGGCCCCGGCGUGGAGCUUGCCGGCUCCGAAGAGGACGAGCACGUCAGGGUCCCGGGAGCCCCUCACCAGCCGGGCCACUGCCUCCAGUGGGCCUGCAAAGCCUGCAAGCGCAAGUCCAACUUUGUGGACAGGAGACGGGCCGCUACGAUGCGUGAACGCCGGCGGCUGAAGAAGGUGAACCACGCUUUCGAAGCUCUGAGGCGCUGCACCUCGGCCAACCCAAGCCAGCGACUCCCAAAGGUGGAGAUCCUCCGCAACGCCAUCCAGUACAUCGAGAGCCUGCAGGAUCUGCUGCGAGAGCAGGUGGAGAACUACUACGGCCUGCCUGGAGAGAGCAGCUCUGAACCGGGGAGUCCACUCUCCAACUGCUCGGACGGCAUGGCGGACAGCAACAGUCCAGUGUGGCAACAGCUGAAUGCAAACUACAGCAGCAGUUAUUCAUAUGCAAAGACUGACUCUUUGACCGAUAAAUCAGCUGGUGCCUCCAGUCUGGAGUGCCUCUCCAGCAUCGUGGACCGCCUCUCCUCCGUUGAGUCCAGCUGCGGCCCGAUGGCUAUGAGAGACACGGCGUCCACCUACUCUCCCGGCAGCUCCGACUCACAGCCGUGCACGCCGGAGAGCCCCGGAUCCAGGCCCGUCUACCACGUCCUGUGAGGGACAAUUUGGAUAUACAGCCAUGAAACAUCAGCUGGAACAAGAAGAGAUGAAGACCAGGAGGCUGA